AUGGAGAGGCACGCCAACACCCCACCCACUCCUCGUAGCUCAUCCCCCUUUCUUCCACUCUCUGCGCGCCAAUCCUCUCCGUGCCAUCUCUCCCCCGCCUCUCACCAGCACCAAGGAGUGCAACAGGCGCAGUGUGGAGGAGAAGGCGGAGCACAUGAGGGCCAUGGCGUGGCUGGCGGCUAUUGCCCUAGUCACAGCAUACGCCCUCUGUACAGCUCUGGUGGUGAGUCGGUGUGGAUAGGCACAGUGCACACUCUCACAGACAUGCACACACACAGGCAGUUGUACAUACCCUUGCACCCUCUCUUCUCCCCCCUCUUCCCCUUCUCCCUCCUCUCGCCCCUCUCCCCCUUCUUCCCCUUCUCCCCCCUCUCCCCCCUCUCUCCCUUCUCCACACUUUCCCCUCUCUUCCCUCUCCUCCCCUCUCCUCCCUCUCCCCCCUCUCCCCCCUACCCUUCCUUACCCAACAUGCAGCCAUCAAUGAUGCUGUACGAGCACGAGAGGGAGGAGAGGGGGGAGAGGGAGGAGAGGGAGGAGAGGGAGGAGAGGGAGGAGAGGGAGGAGAGGGAGGAGAGGGAGGAGAGGGAGGAGAGGGAGGAGAGGGAGGAGAGGGAGGAGAGGGAGGAGAGGGAGGAGAGGGAGGAGAGGGAGGAUAGGGAGGAUAGGGAGGAGAGGGAGGAGAGGGAGGAGAGGGAGGAGAGGGAGGAGAGGGAGGAGAGGGAGGAGAGGGAGGAGAGGGAGGAGAGGGAGGAGAGGGAGGAGAGGGAGGAGAGGGAGGAGAGGGAGGAGAGGGAGGAGAGGGAGGAGAGGGAGGAGAGGGAGGAGAGGGAGGAGAGGGAGGAGAGGGAGGAGAGGGAGGAGAGGGAGGAGAGGGAGGAGAGGGAGGAGAGGGAGGAGAGGGAGGAGAGGGAGGAGAGGGAGGAGAGGGAGGAGAGGGAGGAGAGGGAGGAGAGGGAGGAGAGGGAGGAGAGGGAGGAGGGGGAGUUUCAUGUGCUGGCAGCAAUGAUAGGAAAGCUCUACGACCACGAGAGGGAGGAGGAGGAGGUUCACAUGCUUCUUUGUCCCGUUUACCCCCCUUUGCUCCUGCCCCCUCCAUCACUGAUGGUGGUAGCGGCAAUGAUAGCCGUCUUUGUACUAGGAGCAGUGCUGAGGAUGGGCAAGCUAUACGUGCACGAGAGGGAGGAGGAGGAGUCUCAGCCAUCACUGAUGGUGGUGGCAGCAAUGAUAGCCGUCUUUGUAUUAGGAGCAGUGCUGAGGAUGGGCAAGCUGUACGUGCACGAGCGGGAGGAGGAGGAGUUUCUCGCCUCGGCCCGCUACUUUGCACUCAACCGGGCGGCAGCGGGCGGCAACAGGACGACAAUUGCCGCCCCACCAGCAGCAUUGAGGAGCUUCGACCGCUUCUGGGACCUCAGAUGCGAAUCCGAUUGGCGGCUGACCUUCCGCCUCUUUUCUGCUGGUAUCACCUUCUUCUUCCCUCUGCUUGCCACCAUGGCGUUCCUCAAGUUCCACACCAACAUCUGGAUCCCCUCCAUCUUCUCCUCUGUGCUGCUCGUGGCUCUCAUCCAGUGGUACACACCACUCAACUACACUCGUUUCCGCGUAUAA